GCACCGGCACCGCCCGCGGGACCCGGCGCUGCCUCCCGCCGUGGGGCUCCGCCGGCCCGGGCCGCGUCUCUCCCUCCCCUCUUCUCUCCCCUCCGCCGCCCUCCGGGCCAAUAAAAUGAUGCAAAGCUCCGCGCUCGCUGCCGAAGGGGCUGUCAAGGGGCUUCCCGAGAUCCUCGGUGUGCCGGUGCAACAGAUCCCCCAGUGCGCCGGCUGCAACCAGCACAUCCUGGACAAAUUCAUCCUCAAGGUCCUGGACCGGCACUGGCACAGCUCCUGCCUCAAGUGCGCCGACUGUCAGAUGCAGCUGGCCGACCGCUGCUUCUCCCGGGCGGGCAGCGUCUACUGCAAGGAGGACUUCUUCAAACGUUUUGGGACCAAAUGCACGGCGUGCCAGCAGGGCAUCCCCCCCACCCAGGUGGUCCGCAAAGCCCAAGACUUUGUGUACCACCUCCACUGCUUCGCCUGCAUCAUCUGCAGCCGGCAGCUGGCCACCGGCGACGAGUUCUACCUGAUGGAGGACGGGCGGCUGGUCUGCAAGGAGGACUACGAGACUGCCAAGCAGAACGAUGACUCCGAGGCGGGCGCUAAGCGGCCCCGGACCACCAUCACGGCCAAGCAGCUGGAGACACUGAAGAAUGCCUACAAAAACUCCCCCAAGCCUGCCCGACACGUGCGGGAGCAGCUCUCCUCCGAGACGGGGCUCGACAUGAGGGUGGUGCAGGUGUGGUUCCAGAAUCGCCGUGCCAAGGAGAAGCGGCUGAAGAAGGACGCGGGGCGGCACCGCUGGGGACAGUUUUACAAGAGUGUCAAGCGGAGCCGGGGGGGCGGCAAGCUGGAGAAGGAGAGCUCGGCCGAGGACUGCGGAGUCAGCGACAGCGAGCUCAGCUUCCGCGCAGAAGACCAGAUCCUCUCCGAGCUCGGCCACACCAACAGAGUUUACGGCACCGUGGGGGACGUGGCGGGCGGACAGUUGCUGAACGGCAGCUUCUCCAUGGAGGGGACGGGACAGUCGUACCAGGACUUGCGGGACGGGAGUCCCUACGGCCUCCCCCAGUCGCCAUCCUCUAUCUCCUCCCUGCCGGCCCACCCCCCCUUACUCAACGGGCUGGACUAUGCCAUGGACGGCAACCUGGGGCUGGUGGCCCACGGGGCACAGGGGGUGAGUCAGACGCUGCGGGCCAUGGCCGGGGGGGGCCCCACCUCCGACAUCUCCACGGGGAGCAGCGUCGGGUACCCAGACUUUCCCACCAGCCCGGCCUCUUGGCUGGACGACAUGGAUCACCCCCCUUUCUAAGCGCUGCUCACCCCCCACCCUGGUCCCCUCUCGCUGCCCCCCCCAGCCCACAAGCCAUCUCGCUGGCGAUUGACAUUUCCAGGAUUUCCCAUGGGAACCAGCCCCGGAGGGCUGGAGGGGGGGAAUGGCAUCGGCAGUGGUGGGGGCGGCUGUGCCUGGGCUGGGGGGCACAGAUGCUUUUGGGUGUAAGCACAAGACAGGUGUUGGCACAUGGGCCAUAUGGUGAAGAUGCCGGCACAGGGCUGGGGCUCGGCGGGGUGUGUGAUGGAGCAAUGGUGCGAGCCGGCAGGAGGGAAGGACAAUCAGGGGUGGCAGAGAUCAUCCCGGUGCCCACAACAGCCCCGCACCCCUCCCGCCGCUAUUUUCAAGAAUUAUUUUUCGGUAUGGACUUGAUAUGCAACUUGAUGUUGCCCGGACCCUCAGUGGAAAGAAAAUUCUAUAUUGUAGAAGGGUUUAUUUUAGUGAGGCCAGGACCAUCGCCCCACUGCCCGGGGGUGAUGCUGUUCUGCGUGCGGGCGGCUCUGGGGCUGUGAUUGAUCCCCAGGAGUGCUUACAGUGCAUCACUGCGGGUUUGACCUUGGUUGCGUGGUGGGGAGGAAUUAAAAGAGAAGAAAAAAUAGAAGCCCGCAGCCUGAGCUGCCCAAGGGCCAAGCGGGGCUGACACAGGGAGAGGAGCUGGGGAAGGGUCAGGGGGAAGGUGGGGAAUGUUUGCUCUGAGGAUAUUGCAAAAAAUUCCCCCCAAGAAGAGGGGGAAAAGGGCAUUUCAUCAGCUGCAGAAGCACCCACAUGGUGGGAACUGGAGGGGACAGGGUGGAUGAGACCCCAGGCAGCUGCUUGCUCACACCCCACGCUCACCAGGUGUUUGACCUGAUGAUAAAAUCCAGCUCUGUGUUCUCUGCCUGGGGUGCCCAACUCCACCCCAGCCCCGUGGGCAUUCCCUGCCCGUGGGGUCCCCACCAUAACCCCCCAGCUCUGGGGUGGUGCUGAUGGUCCCAGGCUGCCCUUUGUGGGGGCUGGUGGCAGACCCAGUUACAUGGCUGCAACCAGAGGCUGGAGCGGGGGUGCUGCUCCAAAAUCAAAGGAGAGAAAAAAUAAGAGUUAAAAAAACCCCAAAACAUUGCCACACAAGAAAGCACAUCACUGGUAUGUCCCUGUCCCUCCUGUCCCCCCUGCGUGGGUGUGUUGGUGCUGCAGGAGCUGCACCCAUGUGCCUCCCCCCCUCCCCAGCUUCGGGUGCUGCUGUGUGCCAAGCCCCCAGCCUCACUGGGCACGGCUGGGGGGAGGGGGCCGGGGGAGCCGUGCCCGCUGCUCUCCAUUGACAAGGCCAAAUGUGUCCCCCCUUGCUCCCUUUGCUGUGUAAAUUUUGUACAGUUCCAGAAAGUGAGAGUCUUGUUUCCUGGGGGGGGGGAGGGGAAAAAAAAAAGGAAAAAUAAAACCCAACAAAAAAAUAAUAAUUAAAAAAAAAAUCAAAGAUUAAAACCUUAUUUAUUGCCAAGUCUUUGGGGAGAAAGGACCUCCCCCAGUCCUCCCAAACUCGGGCCUGGGGUGUUGCUUUUGUACCCUGCCCUCCUGCGUGUCGGCAUGAGAUGUGUACGGUCACCCCCUCGCCUGGAGGGAAAGCGAUGUCAAAUAAAACUCGGGAUGCUCUUUAGCA